AUGCAUGGGAAUGACGAGGGGGAGUGUGAGUAUGAAUAUGAGGAGGAGGAGGAGGAGGAGGAGGAGGAGGAGGAGGAGGAGGAGGAGGAGGAGGAGGAGGAGGAGGAGGAGGAGGAGGAGGAGGAGGAGGAGGAGGAGGAAGAGGAUGAGGAAGAGGAGGAAGAAGAAGAGAAAGAGGAGGAGGAAGAGGAGGAAGAAGAAGAGAAAGAGGAGGAGGAAGAGGAAGAGGAGGAGGAGGGAGGGAGAAGGGAGGACAACCGGGAGAAGGAGGCAGGUGCGAGGGGAGAACAGGGAGGAGGCAGGGCUGUGGGGCGGAGAGGGGGGCACGAGGCCGGGGUUUUACGGCAGGGUGGCAGCAGCAGAGGCAGAGCGCAUGGGGGCAGGGCUGCGUUGGGGGAGGAGCGAGAUUGGAAUGGGCGUGCUGAUGUGCGUGCUGAUGAUGAUACUCAUGGCGUCACGAACCGAUGCCUUGGCGUAGGCAGGGAGGGCAUGGAGGGGAGGGAGGGCAGUGAGCGCAUGGAGAGGAGGGAGAGGAGGGAGGGUAGGGAGGGCAGAGAGGGCAGGGAGGGCAGAGAGGGCAGGGAGGGCAGGGAGGGCAGAGAGGGAAGGGAGGGAAGGGAGGGAAGGGAGAGAAGGGAGGGAAGGGAAGGCACUGAGGGCAGGGAGGGUGAAAUGGACAUGGGGGGCAUGGAGGUGGAUGUGGGGGAGCUGCUGCUGUGGCUGCAUGCCAAUGGCGCUACUCCUGACCCACACACAUGGCCCUACAAGAUUGCUGCACUCACACUUGACCAACCGUCUAUGGAUCUGCUCUACUCUCUGCAUUGCACAUUGCAAAUCUCCUCCCUUUUCCUGCGUCUUCUCUCCCCUCUCCCACACCCUGUCUACUGCACUCGCAACCCACCUCUUUUGUUUUGUUCCCGUGUCUUUGGGGCGGCAUGGCGUGGGGUGGUGUGGCAUGGCAUGUGGCAUGGCAUGGCGUGGCAUGGCAUGGCACAUCACACCUUAUCAGGUGGUGGUGUGUCCGCUGCUGCAUCUGCCCCCCGGAUCCAGACAUGCUGGUCCCAGAGGCAGGCCUGA